UGCGGAGGCUGAGCCCUGCUCUACCCCUGCCGGUGCCAGGAGAGUUGGAACAGCCCACAACCCACUCGGAAAGGUGUGUGCUAAUCACUGGGAGCGCUGGGGCUGCCCCCCGACCGGAGCCAGGCGCUCGGAUGGGGUGGCGGUGUGCGCGUCCCCUCCCCGUCCCUGCCCACAAAAGGAUCGUGGCACCCCAGGGACCGCUCAGCCCCGCCGGCCUCGCUCCUGCUCCCAUGUCACAGCUCGGAGCGACGGCAUGAAGAAAUCCUCGUAUUCAGGAAUCAGCCGGACCUCCAGCGGGAGACUUCGGAGGCUCAGCGACCAGACGAGUCCAACUCUGAAAAGAUCUUUUGAGGUCGAGGAGGUAGAUCAGUCUUCGAAUUCCUCCACCCCACAAAGACGGGCCCCGAACACCCUCCUCAGGUCCACCGUGUCCAGCUCCACGCAGAAGUUUCAGGAACUUGGCGCCAGGAAUUCGGAACCAUCCGCCCGACAUGCAGAACCCACAGUCCAAAGAUCACCCAAGCCCCCUCUGAGGAGAGUGGAGCUCUCUGGAACCAAACUGCCCGAGCCAGUGUCCAGAAGAACAGAAAUCUCCAUUGACAUCUCAUCCAAGCAGGUGGAGAACUCCACCUCAGGGUUGUCAAGGUUUGGCCUCAAACGAGCAGAUGUGCUGGGUCACAAACCCCCCGAGCCCACCCCAAGGAGGACUGAGAUCACCCUCGGCAAGCCCCAGGAGCCGGGUCUCCGGAGGGUGGAGGCGCCGGCAUCAAAGAUCCCGGAGAUGCCGCAGCGAAGAGCUGAGACAGCCAGCGCUCCCGCGCCUGACACGGCCACCAAGCGCGUGGAAAUCCAGGUAGCAAAGGCUGCUGAGGUCUCAGCCCCACCAGCACGGCAGGUGGAGAGCUCAGAGCCUCCCCUGCCCGCCCAGCCUCCCCAGGCAGAGCCAAAGCUGCAGCCGGUGCCGAUGGAGAGCCCACCAAAGAGAGAAGAAGGUCCAGAGGCAGUUCCCAGCCACGCACCCAGCAUGACGGACGCUCCACGGGAUGCCGGCCCCAAGCUGGCGGCGCCGACGCGGCCGGAGAAGCCGGCUGCGGACUUCGGCUACGUGGGGAUAGACGCCAUCCUGGAGCAGCUGAGACGGAAAGCCAUGAAGCAGGGGUUUGAGUUCAACAUCAUGGUCGUGGGUCAGAGCGGCUUGGGGAAAUCCACAUUAAUCAACACCCUCUUCAAAUCCAAAAUCAGCCGGAAAUCUGUACAGCCCACUUCUGAGGAGCGGAUCCCCAAGACCAUUGAAAUCAAAUCCAUCACUCACGAGAUUGAAGAGAAGGGGGUUCGCAUGAAGCUGACAGUCAUCGACACCCCGGGAUUUGGAGACCACAUCAACAAUGAGAACUGCUGGCAGCCCAUCAUGAAGUUCAUCAACGACCAGUACGAGAAGUACCUGCAGGAGGAAACCAACAUUAACCGGAAGAAGCGGAUCCCUGACACGCGGGUUCACUGCUGUAUAUAUUUCAUCCCAGCCACGGGCCACUCGCUCCGACCGUUGGACAUCGAGUUCAUGAAGCGCCUGAGCAAAGUGGUCAACAUCGUCCCCGUGAUCGCAAAGGCUGACACGUUAACGCUGGAGGAGAGGGACUACUUCAAACAGCGGAUAAUGGCUGAUCUUCUGGCCAACGGGAUCGACGUGUAUCCUCAGAAGGAGUUUGAUGAAGACUCUGAAGAUCGGCUAGUGAACGAGAAAUUCCGGGAAAUGAUCCCAUUUGCAGUGGUGGGCAGUGACCAGGAAUACCAGGUUAAUGGAAGAAGAAUCCUUGGAAGGAAGACCAAGUGGGGCACCAUUGAAGUGGAGAACACGACACACUGUGAGUUCGCCUACCUGCGGGACCUCCUCAUCAGGACACACAUGCAGAACAUCAAGGAUAUUACCAGCAACAUCCACUUCGAAGCCUACAGGGUCAAGAGGCUGAACGAGGGCCAGGGCUCGCUCUCCAACGGCGUGACCGACAAAGAGCUGGUGGCUAACGAAAUGUAACCGUCUCGCUCCGUAGCCAGGACCUUGCUCGCUCAUGCUCGCUAUUUCUCCCCUCUCCCCCCUUUAUUUUUAUAUAAAUCCUCUACCACUGUCCCCCUUCCCCCGGUCCCUGACCCCCUGCCAUGUUAACUGACCAAAUAACCAGGCGUGGGGCGGCCGCUCACCCCCCGCCUUGUGGCAUCAAUUUGCUUCUCGGCCCCCGGCCCAGCAUUCCUGGGCUGGGCACUGUCCCUCCGUGGAGGUUGAGCUCUCGCUUACCCCCAGCUCUGGCCCGGCAGCCGAACCCAGGGGAGCAGAUCCACGGGGCCAGCAGGAUUGGGGUGCCCCCAGGAGCCCUGCCUGCCCCUCCGUGCAGAGGCUCCUCUCCGUCCGUUGAAGGCAAAAGGGUUUCUCCAGGUGAACGUAGCCUUCGGAAGCAAGGUACGGGUGGGACGAAGAGAGCAAGACAGUGCCAUCCCUGUCUCCUGCCGCCUCCUCCGAGCCCUCUGCAGCCCUCCAGGACCUGCCAGCCCCCAACCCAACCCUUGUACCCCAUCUACAUGCAAUAAACUGGGAGUGUUUAGGUGUCACCUUGCCUGUCACCGACCCCCUGCCAGGCAGAGCGACCUGCUUUGGGAGAAGUGCCUUUUCAGACUGUGACCUUGCAAUAGUGUGGGAGAGGGGAAGGAGGGUCUGCCUUGUCUGUGCAGCCUGCAAAAGGCUGCAGACCUUUGUAGGGACUCCUGCUCCCUCUCCCUUGGGCCACAGAUGUGGCUGAUGUCCUGAGAACACUUGUGUAUUUAUUUUUCAUUCACUUGGGUGGGAUUUUUGUGUGCUGAAGGCUGGGAGUGUGUUUGUCCAAAGGGGGCUGAGAGUGGAACGUCUCCACAAAGCGGUGGUGGGAGGUGGAGGGUUGUCCUGUCUUACCCUUGUGAUUCUUGGGCUUUUUUCCCUACGUCAGAGGAGGCUGUUGGGCAUUUUUCAAUCAUUUUUUAUUUUCUGGUUCCCCUGUGUGACGUGUGUCCGUGUAACACACUCCUGUGUUUUGCUGGUCCUUGUGCAGGGGGUCUGUGCAUGUGCAGACCGAGCCCUGCCACCCUGGGGAGGGCUGGGGUUGUGUUUGUGGGUGCUGUGCCCGACGUCUCCCCCUGCUCUGCCCCCCAGCACCUCCUAUUUCAGUGUAUCUCCAGUAAAUAAGUCCCUGCAAGGGUGAGGUAGCACCGUGACACAGGAGAGGAUGGUCCUGGAGCAGAGCUCUGCAGUCCUGCCCCUGCCCCAGCUCCGCUUCCCUUUCUGUUCUCCACUCCACCAAUCUCCAUAUCCUCUCUAAGGGAUAAAACUUCUGCAAAUCACCCAUUUUUGGGGGGCACACACUAAAAUGGCAGCGUGUCCCAUCCUCUAGCACUGGAAGGCGCUUGCAAAGCCCCGUGGUCUCCGUGGGGGACAGAGCCUUCCUCGGCACAGGUGACCAGGAGGAAGGAGGAGGUUGUUCUCACCUCGGUGGGGAUGCCCAGAUGACGUUGGACAGGGUUUGCAGGGGCUCCCCACACAUGUCCUCCCAAAGAGGCGUGGGCAGGGGGGUGCAUUGUGAGAAUCCAUUCUGCCCUUCACUCAUAUUCCUCCCCAGCCACAACAGCACCACGGAGCUGUUGGGGUACAGCGACUCUCUACUUGCUGACUUGCUAUAUUUUAGCAAAACCAACAAAAAAAAAAAAGUGUAUUAACUGAAAAAAUAUAUAUAUAUUUCAAGUGUUAAAAAAGACUGAAAGGGGAGAAAAAUCUCUUUGUGUGAGGCACUUCUGCAAAUGUCAUCUUGAACUUUUUUUUUCCUCUAGUUGAAGCUGGGCAAAGCAAGACACGCUGCUUUCUCCUUUGUAACCUGACUUUUUUUUUUUUUUUUUUUUAAGAAAAAAAAAAUUAUUCCAU